AUGCCUCCCGCGCAGCUUCUUGCGGGAGCGCCCAGGGUGGUCGCUCCGGCGCCUGCGGUCCCUCUUCAGUCGCCACCGCCUUCGGAGCUGAUGGACGUCGACCCCUCAGCCGGGCCGCCUUCCCAAGCGGUGGCUGUGCAGCCUGUACUGCAGCCGCUUUCCUUGGACACCCCCAAGGAGUCUGACACCGCAGCGCCUUGUCCGGCGCCCACUCAGCAGCCGUCGACGCAGCGUCAGGAGACGCUGCCUCUCUUCGUGGGUCCCGACGCCCCGUCGCGUCCAGUACCAGAAGCUGCGCCCGUGGUCACAGGCGUGCACCCUGACCUCGGUUUUCAGUCGGUGUUUCCCGAGGCCCCGCGCAGCCAAUGCUGGGAAGACGAGAUUGAUGACAGUUUGUCUUCAGAUGAAGACGAGAAUGAUGUUGAAGGUGUUGCUUCAAAUCCAGCAGCUGUGCCGUAUCCGAAAGACAGUGAGUGGACUGCAGUUGACACCUACCGACCUCUGCCUGUCAACACGACACCCAGGCAGAUACUAGUGGAUAUUGAUGAGUCGAGUUCUGUACUGGAUUGCAGUAAAGUGUUCCUUACUGACAGUGACCGCGGCCGCCGCCCGUUGCCAGGUGGCGAACGCCCUGGUGUGCAGCAAGUAGACAGGGAGGCAGACGGGCGUGCGAGUGGCAGCGGUGGGCGGUGGCGGCAGUCGGUAGGUGCCGGGGCGUCCGCAAGCGCGCGCGGAGCAGGUGGAACAGGGCAGCCAGCGAAGCCCGGUCCAGGACACGUCACCGGGCUGCCGUCCUGA